GUCAAAAAUGACGGCCAACUGGGGAAUAGUUCAUUGAGUAAUACUGCAUUCCAAAAUCACAUGGCAUGAUGAUUCAUAGUCUAAGUAUGAAUUACACCGUAUUACAGUCAUUGUAAUUAUAGUGUAACACACAGAGUCAGGUCAUACAGCCUAAAUGGUUUGAUAAAAGUAUCCGUUCUUCUGACACCCCUCAUUGUAAAGACUCAAGUACCGCAAAACCCAGGUUCAAUUGCCCGUCAGUCUAUGAAAUUCGAUGACUUUUUGGCUAGGGAUGUAUUCUCGAAAUGGCCACAGCCUACUUUAAGGGUUAUUAAAAGGGAAUCUCUGAAUGAAUGUGGAAUACAAUCCAAACAGCAGUACAUUACGUAUUCGAAUACAUGUUAUCCCAGUAAUCCUACAAAAAUAAAUAUAACAUCUAUGGGAUAUCCACUAUAGAGGUUGUUAGUGUAAGAAGCUACCACAUGCAAUGUGUUAAAUGUCUGACAUCGUUUAUCCUCAACUGAUGCAGGACUGUGUCAGGCCAUUCAUGUAUCUAGGAAAUCCCCUGCCAUUUUCCCCCUCGUUACCUUUGCCCUAUAAUUUUUUGAGGCGGUUACGUCAAGUUAUUAGCAAUAUCUCGCGAGAAGCAGAUACUAUAAAUGGGACGUUGUUAGUUCACAAUCAAAUCAAACCUGAAACGGAGUAAGUUAUUACACUGCUGGGAUCAUCAUCAUUCACCAAAAUUAACCAACUAACGUGGUUUGCAGACAUGGAAGUCGUUGAAGUCGUCAAUAACCAGAAUGUGGUUGAGAGGGUGACCAGCCUCCCAUUGGUUAGCUCCACCUAUGACAUGGUGUCCAGUGCCUACUGCACCACCAAGGAUAACCACCCCUACCUCAAGUCUAUGUGUGAGGUGGCCGAGCAGGGGGUUAGGAACCUCACCACUGCAGCGCUCACCGGUGCAGCACCCAUCAUCGGCAAGCUGGAGCCACAAAUUUCCAUGGCUAAUGACUUGGCCUGCAAAGGUCUGGAUAAGAUUGAGAAGACCUUGCCAAUCCUGCACCAGCCUUCUGAGCAGAUUGUCGCCAACGCCAAGUAUGCAGUGACCGGUGCCAAAGACGUGAUGUCCAACACCGUCACAGGGGCCAAGGACAGUGUGUCCCACACCUUGACCAAUGCAGUGGACCGGACCAGGGGUGCCGUGCAGGACGGCGUGGAGAUGACUCGUGCUGCGGUCCAGGAUGGUAUGCAGAUGACCCGGGCUGCUGUCAGCGGCAGCGUGAAUACGGUGAUGGAGAGCCGUGUGGCCCAGAUGGUCAGCAGCGGAAUGGACACGGCACUCACCACCUCCGAGAGCCUGGUGGACCAGUACCUGCCUUGCACUGAGGACGAGUUGGAAAUCGAGGCUAAAAUGGUCGAAGGAUUCGAUGUGGCGAAGGAUGCACCUAGCUACUAUGUCCGUCUGGGCUCUCUGUCUACCAAGCUGCGUAAGAGGGCGUACCACAAGGCUCUGGCCCAGGUCAAAGACGCCAAGCAGCGCAGCCAGGAGUCCAUCUCACAACUCAGCCACACUGUAGACCUGAUUGAAUACGCCAGAAAGAAUAUUGACGGAGCUAACCAGAAGGUGAAAGGGAAACUGAGCUCCCUGAUUGAGUGGAAGUCUAAUGAGGAAGCCGAUGGCAACGAGGCUGAGAAUAUAGAGUCAAGGACCCUGGCCAUAGCACGCUCCCUCACCCAGCAGCUGCAGACAACGUGCCAGGUGCUGGUGUCUGGCCUACAGGGCCUUCCCCAGAACAUCCAGAAGGAGGCGCUGUUCCUCAGCCACUCCGCCUCCCAGGUCUACUCCAGCUUCAGCAAAGCGGCGGCGUUUGGGGACCUGUCGGACGGCGUGCUGGCCAGCAGCAAGGCCCAGCUGGGCAAGAUGAAGGAGUCGCUGGAUGGCGUCAUGGACUACCUGGUUAACAACACAUCCCUCAACUGGCUGGUAGGUCCCUUUUACCCCCGGCUGGCACCACCCCCCACCGCCACAUCCUCCCAGUCUCAGAAGACACCAGCCCCCGCAGAGGUGGAGAUGAAAUCAAUGGAAUAACUAGCUGCCUGUUUAACGACUUUCUAUCCCAUAUUAUUCCUCCAUCAAAUAUCCUUAAGUCACACUAAUGAGCUUGCAUUUAUUCAGCAUGUUGAUGAAUAAAUGUUGACCAACUGUUUGUGAAUGUUGCUCAGUGUGUGCUCAAUAAUCUAGCUUAAUUUCCAUAUGCCUUUUCUUAUGCAGGACAUUGCUUUUGAUGCUACUGUUGUUUUUGACAUCACAUUAUAUCCUGUUGUAACCAUAACCUGCCAUAUAGUAGAUACGUAGAUGUUAACACCUUAACUUGUAUGCUGCCAUCUUUGUACAAUUCUAAUAAAUAAGUUAAUAUGU